AUGUGCGAAAAACUUCCUUCUGAAAUUUUACGACAUGUUUUCAAGAUCAUAUACGAGGAUGGGUUAAAUGAUCGAGCAGAAAUGUUAGAGGAUCUUUAUACUUGUAUUCAAGUUAAUAAACGCUGGUGUGAGACUGCUAUGCCAAUUCUUUGGUCAAAUAUCAUCCCGUCAGCAAGUGUCAUCAAC